ACAAAAAAAAAUGAUGAAUACAUAAAUUCUCACAGAUUCUUUACAAGUUUAAAACAACCCUCAAAGAUGAAAAAAAAAAACGUUACAGUUGUUACAAAUAUUAUGUACAUAAAUGAAAAAGAUUUUAUACUAUAUAAGUUGGGAAAGUUAAUAUUACUCCACAUCCUAUAUAUCAUCCAUCACCAGCUGUCUUUCUCUUCUUUGUUCUUUAUAACAUCUGCUUGUGACAAAGCUAGAAACAACAGAAAUGGAACCACAUGCUGUUCCUCCUUCAAGGAAUCGACAUGCAGUUUGCAUACCAUAUCCAGCACAAGGCCACAUCAACCCCAUGCUGAAAGUGGCCAAGCUUCUCCACGCCAGAGGCUUCCACGUCACCUACGUCAACACCGAGUACAACCACCGCCGCAUCCUCCGCUCACGUGGCCCUCACGCUCUCGACGGUCUCCCCUCCUUUCGCUUCGAGACUAUCCCCGAUGGGCUUCCUUGGACCGACUUGGACGAUAAGCAGGACAUGCUUAAGCUUAUAGACUCCACCAUGAACAACUGUUUAUCUCCUUUCAAAGAUUUGCUCACCCGGUUAAACUCCGGUUCUGAUGUACCGCCGGUUAGCUGUAUUGUCUCUGACGCUUCCAUGAGUUUUACUAUUGACGCGGCAGAGGAGCUUGAGAUUCCGGUGGUUAUGCUUUGGACGAAUAGCGCCACUACACUCAUGUUGUAUCUUCACUAUCAAAAACUCAUCGAGAAAGGGAUCAUUCCUGUAAAAGGUACCAUGCAUCUCGACUUGGUUUACAUCAUAUUUGUUUUGAAAAUUUUCUUAGGACAUCUCUAGCUCAUGCCUAAUUUUCCUCAAAAAACAUUUUCUCAUUAAACUUUAUUUAUUUUAUUUUUAGAUAAAUUUCAAAUUUUAAAUUUAAUAUAGGGAUUGAUUAAAAAA